UCCUGCCGGAGGGAGAGCGCAGGUUCAUCCAGUCUGCAGGCAGCGCCGGCAACUACUCCAAACACACUGCUCACUGCUCACUGCUCACCAGCCUCUGGACACUCCAAGCUAUGGACCCGGCAGCCGCUUCCCAGUGGGCGGCGCAGACUGCCAGCAUGUGCCCCGUGGGCGGCGCCGCUGGCGCGCUGUUCGUGCAGCUGCUGGCCACGCUGGUGAGGGCGCAGUGCCAGCUGUCGGAGCGCAGCGCCUACCCGCCAGACACGGCGCUCCCGCUGCCGGAGUACGACUUCGUGGUGGUCGGCGCCGGGUCCGCUGGCUCCGCGGUGGCCGCCCGCCUCACGGAGAACCCCGAGUGGAAGGUGCUGCUGCUCGAGGCGGGGGGCGACCCGCCUCCCACCUCUGACAUUCCCAGCUUCUACCCUUUGCUGGCGAAGACUGAGGUGGACUGGGCCUACCUGACCGAGCCAGACGGGCGGUCGUGUCUGGCGUUCAAGGGCGGGCGCUGCCCGAUGCCGCGCGGCAAGGCUCUGGGCGGCACCAGCGCGCUCCACGCCAUGAUCCACAUCCGCGGCAGCCCUCAGGACUACGACGCCUGGGCCGCGCUGGGCAACGACGGCUGGGCAUACCGGGACGUCCUCCCGUUCUUCAAGAAGCUGGAGGCCUUCGACGAGAAGGAGCUGAAGAGGAGGCCGCACACCGAGUCCGUCCACGGCCGCGAUGGUGCCAUCCGGGCUACAAAGUCAGAGUCCCCACUUUCCUACACGGUCGCUCUGGAAGAGGCAGCCCGAGAGCUGGGGUUCAAAAUUAUCCAGGACUACAGUGCCGAGCCGAACCUGGGGUUCGGACACGUACCUUGCAACAUCGAGAACGGCACCAGGUGGAGUGCCGCUCGAGGGUACCUAGCGCCAGCCAAGGAUAGGAAGAACCUGCACGUCGCCAAGUCCGCGUACGCGACGAAGGUGCUCGUCGAUCCUAAGACAAAGGCGGCGUAUGGUGUACAGUUUAUAAAAAACGGCGAGGUGAAGGAAGUUAGAGCUAAGAAGGAGGUUAUCGUUUCGGCAGGAGCUAUCGACACCCCUCACAUACUGAUGCACUCGGGAAUAGGACCAAAGGACCACCUGGAGGAGUUCGGCAUAACUGUAAUAAAGGAUCUGAAAGUCGGAUACAAUCUACAGGAUCACCAGGUUUACCCUGGGCUCUACUACACGAGGGAGCCUCCGCCGAAGAAGUCGCUCGAGGGCGCGGCCUUCGAGUACCUGUUGAACAGGACGGGGUUCUUGUCGGCCAGCAGGACCAGCACGUUUACAGGAUUCGUCCGGACGGAUCGGGCGCCUCCCAACCGAGUCGGGCUCCCGGAGUUGGACUCGCCGAGCUACCCGGACGUGCAGAUGCACUACUCGUACGUGGAGAGAGGACAGUCGGGCGCGCUGGCCGAGUUCUACAACUACGGGGAGGAGGCGGCGGCGGCCCUGGCGCGGCUGACGGAGCGCGACGACGCGCUGCUGGCGAUGCCGACGCUGCUGGCGCCGACGAGCCGCGGCCGCGUGCGUCUGGCCGGCGCCGACCCGCGCCUGCGGCCGCUCGUCGAGGCGGGCUACUACGCCGACCCGCGCGACCUCGACAACCACGUGGCCGGCGUCGCGUUCGCGCACCGCGUGGGCGCCACGCGGGCGAUGCGCGCCGCCGGCUACUCGGUGCGCGACCUGCCGCUGGCGGCGUGCGCCGACCGGCCGCCGCUGACGGAGGACUACUGGCGCUGCGCGCUGCCGCACCUCGCGACGACGCUCUUCCACCCGGUGGGCACCGCCAAGAUGGGGCCGGCCGGCGACGCCGACGCCGUCGUCGACCCGCAGCUGCGCGUCCACGGUGUGCGCAACCUGCGCGUGGCCGACGCGUCCGUCAUGCCGCUGAUCGUGCGCUGCAACACCAACGUGCCGGCCAUCAUGAUCGGCGAGAAGUGCGCCCACAUGGUCGCCCAGCACUGGCGCCGCCGCGACGACGCUCACCCUCUCAAGGAGGAGCUGUGAAGGGACAACCUUUCCCGUAUGCCAGUCAAGAUAACCGUUUCACGUAAUUUCGUCCUCAUCAGACCAUAUUCGUAGUGACACAGUAACCUAUCUUACAGCUAAUCUAUAGCGUGUUUCAUAUUUCAUGUUACACAUUUCUAAAGGUUGUAAGAGGCACUUAAGGAGAUCAGUUUUUACAUAGGAACUCAUGUUCUGAAACGUAAUACGAAGACACUACAGAGCGUCAAAGUUAGUAGGUGCCGGUGUCUAUACAGGGUGCUACAAAAAGGUACGGCCGAACUUUCAGGAAACAUUCCUCACACAAAGAAAGGAAAUAUGCUAUGUGGAUAUGUGCC